CCCGUUCCUGUUUUACCUUUAACUUCCACUAUAUAAACAUGUCCAACGUACGAGAUAGCCCGAACCUCAUCCGCAACGACUACGGCUGCGGCAGAUGGGCAAGCGUAAUCAACUACAUCAACAAAAUGCAGGAUAAAACAAUCUACAUCCCGCCCGGACCCGCCACCAUCCACAGCUCAAAGGACUACGAUCUCCGGAUCGACCUGCAGGGUAUCUUUCCGGACCACUCGCGGGCUAAUGUUACCUGGUUUAACAUCCAGGUGCAGGAGAAUAGAGCGCGGGGUGGGGAUAAUACAACCGUUUUCACAACAUACGUACACAAAGAAGGAUACGAGAGCUGGAGCGCGCAUCACCUUAACAGCUCUACAAUCCUCAAGGCCAUGCAGCAGCAGGCGCUGCAUCAACAGCCGGAAUGCUGUGUUUUCAUGACGCGGAAUGGAAAUUCGAUCUCUUCUGCAAGGAUCCCGCGGUCUCCGGAUGGGAUUAGCUAUACGAUUUGGACGCCGUAGGCAGAUAACUAGGGUGGAUCGGGUUGGACAUACCCAUUUGGGUACUUGCUAGUUAAAUGACGCAGAGCGGGAGAUGUCAAUUGUUUACUGCCGAACUGCCGAUCAACUAAUCAGAGAAGACAAAUGGAUCGUGAGGCACGUGCACUGGAAUGGAUGAAUUGGAGUAGGACAACUAGUUAAAUUAAAUCAUCCAACCAUCCAAAUAAAAUUAUUUUCCUGCUCGC